GAACUUGUCCUCAAAUUCCUUUAAUGGCUCUCUCCCAUCAGAUUUUGGAAACCUAAAGGUCUUGAUCGGCAUGGAUUUAUCUAGAAAUCAGCUAUCAAGCAACUUGCCGAGCAGUAUUGGGGAUUUCAAAGAUCUAACUUAUCUUUCCUUGGCAAAAAAUGCAUUAGAUGGUAACAUUCCUCAGUCAUUUGAUGGGUUGGUAAGCUUGAAAUUCUUGGAUCUCUUUAACAACAUUCUCUCUGGAGUGAUUCCUACGUCUUUGGAAGGACUCAUUUAUCUCAAUUUCUUCAAUGUAUCUUCUAAUAGACUUGAAGGAGAAAUUCCAAGUGGAGGAUCAUUCAGAAACUUCGUCACUCAAUCAUUUAUGGGAAAUGCCGCCCUUUGUGGUUUGCCUAGAUUUCAAGUCCCGCCAUGUAAGUCCCACCAAAAAUCGAUCCACGUGCAACAAUUCGUGUUGCCACUUGUGGCAACUACCAUAUUGAUACUUUCCCUUGUUGUCAUCAUCAUCUUCAAAAGACAACAUAAAUCAAAAGCAAAAUCCAUGGAUGAAGAAAUUUUGCCAAGUCUAGCAAAAUGGAAGACAAUUUCAUACCAUGAACUUCAACAUGCAAUUGACAACUUCAAUGAAAGAAACUUACUUGGCAUAGGGAGUUUUUGGUCAGUAUACAAUGGGACACUUCUAGGUGGAAUGAACAUUGCAAUAAAGGUCUUCAAUCUGCAAGUAGAGGGUGUACUAGAGAGUUUUGGCAUAGAAUGUGAAGUAUUAUGCAGUUUUCACUAUCAAAAUCUGAUCAAAAUCAUUAGCAGCUGCUGUAAUGAAGACUUCAAAGCUUUAGUGCUUGAGUUCAUGCCUAAUGGAACCUUGGAGAAGUGGUUAUAUUUUGAUAGAUGUUGUCUAAAUGUCUUGCAAAGAUUGGAUAUAAUGAUUGACGUGGCUUCUACUCUAAAAUAUCUCCACCAUGAAAAUUCAGUUCCAAUCAUCCAUUGUGAUUUGAAACCUAGCAAUGUGUUGCUUGAUGAAGAUAUGGUUGCACGUGUGGGAUUUUGGCCUUGCCGAGCUUUUGGGAGAAGGGGAAUCUGUGAUGCAGACAAUGUCAAUUGCCACUAUAGGCUACAUGGCACUAGGUGAUCAUUCAUUUUUCCCAUUUUUAAAAUUUUUUCAUUGUUAAAUAUUAAACACUAUAUUAUUAUAAUUUAAUAUGGAAUAUGGAUCAUUGGGAAUAGUUUCUACAAAAGGGGUUGUUUACAACUAUGGCAUCUUACUCAUGGAAACAUUCACAAGACAGAAACCUAUAGACAAAAUGUUUGAUGGAGAAAUGAGCUUGAAGGCAUGGGUGAAUGAAUCAUUAUCUCGUUC